AUGCCUAGAUCGCUAAAGAAAUCAGUAAAGUUGAGUUUAAGACAUGUAAGGAUCCGUUCAUCAACAUCCAGUUUCAAACCUGGUUCUCGUUCCAUAGAGAGGGACCAAAGAAUCGAGUUUCUUGGAGGAGACAAUGGCGUUAGAGAAGACGAAAACGAUGGUGACAGUAGUAGCGAGUAUGAAGAAUUUGAAGAGGAGGAAGGUGUAGAAGGAGAAGGAGAAAUAGAAAUAGAAGAAGAGGAACAAGAUGAUGAUGGAAAAAGCGUUGUAAGCGGUGGCAAAACUGAACGUGAAGAAGAGAUAAUAGAAGUGGAAGCGGUGGAAGCAGCAAAGGAGGAGAUCACUGAGGCAGGGAAUAGAGUGAUGGUGGUGGUGGAUAAAGUGGUUGCUUCAACUGGUGCUCUUGAAUGGGCUUUGAAGCACACAUUACAAUCACAUGACUAUCUUUUCCUCUUAUAUUUCUCCAAACCCUUUAGAAAAGGCAAGAAGAAGAAUCGGAAACGUGAAGUAAAGACCGAUGAACUCGUCCACACUUUAAAGAAACUCUGCCAAACAAAGCGACCAGGGAUAGAGGUAGAGAUAAGGAGACUAGAAGGAAAAGAGAAAGAGAAAGGAGAGAAGAUAGUGGCAGAAGCUAAAGAACAACAAGUGACUCUCUUAGUGGUUGGAGAAGAGAAGAAACCGCCGGUUUGGAGACUAGUGAAGUGUUGGGGAUGGAAGAAACGACGUAGCCGAGCUGGAGUUCUCAAGUAUUGCUUAGAGAAGGCUUCAUGUAUGACCAUUGCUGUUAAACCAAAGAACCGUAAGCUUGGUGGUUACUUGAUCACUACCAAACGUCACAAGAACUUUUGGCUUUUGGCUUGA